AUAAUACACUUGCCCUCUGCUGUGGUUGGGGUGCGAGCGAAUUGAGAAGCCAGCCUGCCGAUCACCGUCUACGAGCAUUCAUACACACAAGACCGGGCUUGGUUGUUGGUGCGACGAUUUUGGUACCAAGCUGAUGCCUGGUCGAACGCCUAUCUUACCGAGGGAGGAUACAAGCUUCAUCUUGAGGCCAAAUACUUUCAUCAUUUUGUCGAAUUUCUACCUGUAUUGAAGGAGAUCUGUAUUAUUGGAAUACUGCAGAAGAUAUUCAGUGUGAAGAUGGGUUGGUUGAUGAGAGGAAAUCGGCAUAUUGCCGUCGAAUUUUCAUUGACAUUGAUGGUGGUGCUUUUUCAUUUUGGCGCUGCCAAUGCACAACAGUUUGAUUACAACGAGGGUAUUACACACGGGCGAUGUGAAGCCAUAACAAUCCCGUUAUGUGAGGAUAUGCCGUACAACAUGACGAUCAUGCCAAACCUCUUGAAUCAUCAACACCAAGAAGAUGCUGGUCUUGAGGUUCAUCAAUUCUAUCCUCUCGUCAAAGUACAGUGCUCGGAGGAUUUGAAGAAUUUCUUGUGCUCUAUGUAUGCUCCAGUGUGUACAGUGCUCGAUUCGGCAUUACCCCCGUGUAAAUCGCUGUGCCUGAGUGCCAAGAAUGGAUGCGAAAGCCUGAUGAACAAAUUUGGGUUUUCGUGGCCUGCGAGUCUUUCCUGCGACCAGUUUCCAGAAGCAGGAUUGUGUUUUGAUCGGAAUCGUACUGAUGAACGCAUUACCAUACCCUCCACCAAACCCCCAAACACUACCAAGUCGACCGAACCGUCGGUCACUAAAAAUGUUCCAUUUACUUGCCCUCUCCAACUGACGGUGGAUAGUGAUUGGGAUUACACAUUCAUGAGGGCCCAAAAUUGUGGUGCUCCUUGCAACAUGUACUUCCACACCCCUAGAGAACAGAACUUUGCCAGAUACUGGGUAGGAUGUUGGGCAUUUGUCUGUGCCGCCUCCUCACUGUUCACUGUCCUGACUUUUCUCAUUGACCGCAGCCGAUUCCGCUACCCAGAACGACCCAUCAUUUUUCUCUCCGGAUGUUAUUUCGUGAUCUCGGUGGUCUUCAUCGCAGGAUUCUUUUUGGAAGAUAAAGUUGCAUGUAACAGACCGUACCUUCCUGGUGGGGAACCUACUUUAGUCCAGGGCGCAAAGCAACAGUGGUGCACCAUCCUCUUCAUGUUACUUUACUUUUUCCAGAUGGCAUCAUGUUUGUGGUGGGUUCUCCUCAGUCUCACAUGGUUCCUAGCUGCAGGACUCAAAUGGGGCCACGAAGCCAUCGAACGUAACUCCCAAUACUUCCACUUCGCUGCCUGGUCCAUUCCAGCCGGGAAAACUAUUGGAGUCCUCGCUACUGGCCAAGUCGACGGCGAUCCCCUUUCAGGAGUCUGUUAUACUGGAAUUCGCGAUAUGAAUGCAUUGCGGGGUUUCAUUCUUGCACCACUCUUUGUUUAUCUAAUUAUCGGAUCAUUUUUCCUGUGUGCUGGAUUUAUUGCAUUGUUCCGAAUCAGAACUUUCAUGAAAAGCGAUGGCAACAAGACGGAUAAGCUAGAGAAACUCAUGAUCAGGAUCGGUAUCUUCUCAUUGCUUUACACCGUCCCAGCCACAAUUGUCAUUGGAUGCUACAUUUAUGAACAAGCAAAUAGGGAAUUAUGGGAAGUGUUCUGGAAAUUAGGAAAUUGCCACCGCCUAAGCUUCGCAUGCCCCCAACUUCAAGAUUUGCCAAAGUGGUUCCCUGUAGAAUUUGUACAAUCUCUCAAUUUGCCAGGGCCAGACUAUCUUGUUUUUAUUGUUAAAUAUUUGAUGAUGCUUAUUGUGGGAAUAACCAGCAGUGUUUGGGUUUGGUCAGGCAAAACCAUGAGAUCGUGGUCACAGUUUUAUGCAAAACUAUGUAAUUUUUCUUCGCAUCCUAAAGGGGCCCCGGCCAACGUAUGAUCUUCAGUGAAUAAAGUAUUAGGUGUGGACAGCUUUAUGGAUUUGUACAAAAACAAUUUUAGAUUUGACAUGGAAAACUAAUAUGAAAGUUUUGAAUCUCCAUGAUAUAAAGUGAGGUUUAUGAUUCGCUCGACCCUGUUCUGUUUAACCGAUCCUUGAUGCAAAUAUGCGUGUAAAAGUAAUAGAAAAGGAAGUCAUUUUUGUGUCAUUUCAUCAAGGUUGUCAACAGUAAUGGUUGCCAUGCUAACUGCUUCUUGAUCAUAAACAAUGUUGAAUUGAAUGACAAUGUAAUGAUGUGGUGAUGGUGAUCCCCAUUAACCAUGGGACUGGUCGUCAUUGAUUUUGAUCAUAGAUUGACCGAGCUACAUUGAUUGAAGUACAUUUAUGGCCAAGUUGUCCAGUAAAAUAUGAUGUCUUUCAUGUGGCAUGGUAAAUCCAGAGAGGCAGGGGUUUCUGAUCAUUGGGUGAAAGAUGAAAAAUAACUCUGUAUUCUUUUGUUUCUCUCAUUCAGCUUGAUAAACAUACCUGUAAACUCUUGUGGGUUGAUAUUAAGAGACAAAGUUCUUUAAACUCCACUGUUAAGGUGCUGUAUAUUACAGCUAUAUGACAGCUUUAACUUAUUUAAUGAGAACUGGCAUUUCUUUUAUAUGAUUUUUGUUUCUAUUUAAACUCCCAGAGAAUCUGAAAUAAAUUUUUUGCCAUUAUCAUUUUAGUUUCUUUGGUCUUAAUAUGACAUAAUUCAGUACCUGAAAGCAUCAAGCAAUUUCUUUCUGUGGCGUAUAAUUUUCUUCAUUUUUUCGUUUUAUUUCUGUUUUAAGUGGGCACCAAGUCCGAAUCUAACCAAAUAUAGGUCAUGACAAAAUGUAGAGUAUCUAUACAGAGCUGCCAUAGUGCAAACUGUAUUACUACUUGCUCUAUAGUUUUUUUUUCAAGCACAGCAAGUUAUAAUUAAGUGUUGCCAAUUUGUAUACAGGUACUUGCAUUCUGCUUACAAAGUAUUAUUGUUUCAUAAACUGUAUGUAUCUUGAUAUGCCUUUGUAAAUAAACAAUUUAUGUACAAAAAAAUGUAUAGCUAACAGAAAAUGUAAACAAACUAUGCUAGAAAAUGUACACUUGAAAUAAAUGUCAACUUUAUUCAAGUUGAUGUGUUGACAAUUUGAUAUAUGUCGUAGGAAAGCUGUAGAAUUGCAUGAUGGUUUUUAUGUCAAGUGUAGGGGAAUACUGCUCAUCUUUUAACAAGGAAAAUGUUUUGAUAGUUUUACAAGGCAAAUGUUUUCUCCUUUUUUAAUUCCAUUAAGAAUAACAGUACUGUUAAAUUUUAACAUUUAAAGUGAGACAAUUGUAUGUACAUGUAUGAAGGAGCAAUUAUUCAUUUGGUUCUAAAUUAUUCAGUGCAAUUAAUGCAUUGUCAAAAAAAAUGAUGGCUGAAUCUGGGAUGGGGCAUAGUUCUGUAUACUCAUUCCCCCUUCUUUUCCCUUAAAAUACAAAUUGAUUUCAAAGUUAUGAUAUUGCAGUACAUUUUUUAGUAUGGUGUGCUAUUAUUUGGGGGACAUUUUAAAAGAAUUUCAGUAGAUUGCCUCUCAUGCUUCACUAUGUUCAUCAUUUGUCAUAAAAAGUAUACAAAGAACAAAAAAUAAUACAAUUUAGUUUUAACCAUGCUUGCCUGCGAUUAAUAUUAUGUGAUGUUGAAAAAGAAGUUUGCUAUUUGUCACUUAAUUUUGUUGAAUGUAAUGUCUGCCAAGUUACAAUGCAUUCACACAUGUCUGACCAAACAGUCAUUGUUAAUGGAAUCAUUUCUUAUGAAGGCAUCCAAUAAUUGUUCUUGUUCUGUUGUUUUUUACAACUCAGAUCAAAGGAUUGUUAUGCACCAGUAUAGUCACUUUCUUGAAUCAUGUAUUAAUGCUUUCAAUUUUCUUCAUAAAAGAGUUUUGCUGGAUUUAAAAAAAGGUGUUCUUGAUUUACAUGAAUGAGUUAUUUGGGAAUCUUGUGAGUAAUAUACAUUUAGGAGUUUCAUUUUUUUUCCUCCCAGACAAUGUAUGAACUACUGUACAUGUGAUAAUUACUUCAAGUGUUAUGUUUCGUUUUUCAUGUCUUGUUAAAUGAUAUUUAAUGAAAAUCACAUUUUACCCUUUUUAUUUGCAAAGCAAACAAUGUUGAGGUCUGUUGUUAGACAGUUGGGUUUCACAAGCCUUUAUGUAACUGUAUUCUAGCUAUGGGGUACAUUGUCAUAAUCCUCACAAGUAAUGCGUACAUGUAGUUUGAACAUCAAUUAAAUCUAGAUGAUUUGACUUUUCCAUGAAAAAAACGGAAAAUUUCCAUUGAAAAGCAAGUUUCGGCAUUUUGAAGGUUGAAUCAUUUCCAUGAGCAGUAGAUGGAAAUGUGAGUAAUUUAUUUAGCAUUAUGAGUCCACUCUUUGUGUAUACACACAUUACUGCAAUUUUUCAUAUUCAAUUAAUGCAUUUUAUUUUUAUCUCAAAAGGCAAGAAUAUAUAAUUUCUUUUUACAAAGAAUGUAAAGAUAAUCAUAAUCGCUUUUAUGAAUACAAGGGAGAGAUGAUCCUUGCACAUCUGAAAUAUUUCAUAUUUCAUGUAUUAUUUUUUUACUAUACAAAUUUAGAGUUUGAAAGAUUACAUAGCUGACUCACUAAUUUGCAUAUAUCUGCCUGUCUUUAGUUUGCAAAAUGAUACAUUUGAAAAUUACAGCUUUUUAUCUGAUAUUUUGUCAAAAUUUAAUUGAUAAUUUUUGGCUACCGUAUGUAUUUAAAUCAACUUUUGGGUUGGCCGAUCUUUUAAAACGUUGAUUCAGUUCUAAAAUUGGAAAGGAAAAGAUGCACAUAAAGGAAAAUAAACAAUUGUUCAUGUUACCUUUAUCACUUACAGUAGAAGACUCUUUACAGAGGAUUGCUCUUCAAAUAACAGUCAGAAAAUUUCCAGACUAUGACCCUCCCCCCAAAAAGCUGAAAUUUUGGGGCUUCAUGCCUACACCCCAAAUGUAGGCAAAAAGUGAGUCAGUUUCUUAUUGCUUUGGUUACCCAACACAAACAAUGUUAUUGACGUAAAUAGAAGUGUACCUGCACAAGUGCACAUUAUUCAGACUUUCCCAAAUAAUGACUUUUUUUCAUAAAUUUCACCCAUUUAAAAUCAUGAAAACUACAAAAAGUGAUCUUAAUUAGGCCCUAUAAUAUUUGGUCCAUGUCAUGUUAAGAGUGUAAUGUUGUAUGAAUUUCCAGGCAGUCUUUGCAGACAUUUUAAAUAUAUUUUAAAGGUUAUUAAACCUACAUGUGUAUGCAAAUGGUGCUUUUAAUUGUUGGCAAAUGAAAACAUUUUCUCUACCUGUAUUUUGUAUGUUACUUGUUAGUUACAUAUUUCAAACCUUUUGAAAGUUAUGUUUUUAUCACAUGUAAAUUUGCAACAACAAAAAAUUGUAAGUGGGACCACUUUUGAAUUUUUGAUUUGAUGAGAAUUCAAAACUUUCAAAAUUUAUCUGAGUCAUCCUUGUAUUUUUGCCCCUUGUAUUUCACUGCACUAUGCAUGUAUUCUUGCAUAUUUGUUUUUCAUUGUUUUUUUUUUACAAAAGGCAGAUUGAUUAUGUCAAGAAUUAGUACAAGCAUCGUAAGUUUCAGUCCACUUUGUACAAGAUUCAGUGUUAUGUGACCGAAUCACCCAUGAGAACGCAAAUAUGUUCUACAUUUGUAUCACUUCUGUGGAAAAAUUGUUUUCUUGGUUCUUUAUCAUUAAGAUUGUUGAUGUUUAAAAGGAAUAGAAAGAUAUGUGACAUUAAAAACGCAAACAUUUCUUGUAUUUA